GGUAACUUAAUAGCGCCAUGAAAAAGUCACAAGUCAACGAAGGAACUAGCAAUAGUUAACACUAUGCAAUCUGUCCUGGUACUGAAAUACAUAGUCCUUAACUUGUAAUUAAAUCACAUUCCCCAGAGCUGGGUAAAGCGAUCCGCGACGUGCUGCAUUUCGAACGUCACUAUUGCGUAACAGGAACCGCGCAUGCGUACAGAUAGACUACCGGCCACUAUCAAUCGAUCAGAGAGAGGAAGAUGGCGGUGAAUCGAGCCUGAGAAGAGAGAUCGAUCACCGAAUCACUCGAUUGGACGGAACGAACGGCGUGGGAAUACAAUUAUUUAAAAAGCCAUCCUAUCGACAUCUGGAAGCGUCUUUUCCCAGUUACUGGGAUAUUACCAGGAGGUCUCCCAUUCUGCUCUGCGAGCAGGUUGGCUGCUGUUGCCUUUGUGGUCUCCUGCCUUUGUGAUGGACUUCCCCUGGCACAGUGGGAAGGUUUUAGAGCAGCUGAACCAUCAACGCCAGCAAGGGCUGCUGUGUGAUUGCACCUUUGUGGUGGACGGCGUAGACUUCAAAGCCCACAAGGCCGUGCUGGCUGCCUGCAGUGCCUACUUCCGCACGCUUUUCCUGGACCAGAAGGAUGUUGUACACUUGGACAUCAGCAAUGCCGCAGGACUGGGGCAGAUCCUGGAGUUCAUGUACACAGCCAAGUUGUGUCUGGGCCCUCAGAAUGUGGAGGACGUGCUGGCUGUAGCCACCUUCCUCCAGAUGCAGGAGAUCGUCAAUGCCUGCUCUGCCUACCGUUCCUUUGCAAUCCCAGGGCCAUACCAAGCUACCAAAGCAGACAGAGUUGAGGAGCUGGACCCUCCGGAGACAGCGAUGCAGGGGGAGGUGGCCAGUACUCAACGUGAUGGAUCCGGGCAGGAGGUGCAGGGGAGCCGCACGGAGGACUUAAAGGCCUCCGCAAACGAGAGCAGCCCUGCAACACACACCCCGCCCGAGGACCAUGGGUCCCCAGAGGACGAGUCCGCCAAGCCCCAGGGCCCUCCCGCUGAAGCCUCGUCACCACCACAGCCUAGCCAGCCCCCCCAGCGGAGAGGAACCCGCACCUCAUCUCGCAGGCUGGUGGAAGCCGAAGAGAAGGAGGCAGAGGCAGCCAAAGAAGUCCCAGAGUUUCAGGAUGACCCCACCGACGCUGAUUACGCACCCAAAAUCCCAUUCAGGUCUGUGACAGAGAGAUCGUGCAUCAGUACUCGCCGAAGUCGGGCCAAGAGGUCUGCCCAGCACUCCCACUCGCAGGAUUCUGACUCGGGUGAGGGGAUCAAAGUGACGAGAGAGCAGGAGGAGGAUGUGGAAGUGGAGCAGGACGAGGGCGACGAGGGGGGGGAGAUGGAAGAGGGGGAUACUACGGGGGAAGAGGCCGGAAGCGAAGGGAAGGCGCUGCGGUCGGGGCCCUUUACAGACCGCAGUGAGUCUCGAGUCUAUGGCUCUAUCACCCACAAGUGCGAGGACUGUGGGAAGAAGUUUACACACACUGGGAACUUUAAGAGGCACAUCCGCAUCCAUACAGGCGAGAAACCGUUCAGCUGUCGGGACUGUCAGAAAGCCUUCUCUGAUCCGGCAGCCUGCAAGGCUCAUGAGAAGACGCACAGUCCUGUGAAGCCGUACAGCUGCACAGCAUGCGGUAAGAGCUACCGGCAGAUCAGCCUGCUGAACCUGCAUCGCAAACGGCACACGGGCGAGGCGCGCUACAGCUGCGAGGACUGCGGCAAGCUCUUCACCACCUCGGGUAACCUGAAGCGGCAUCAGCUGGUGCACAGUGGAGAGAAGCCCUACCAUUGUGACUACUGCGAGCGGGCCUUCUCCGACCCCACCGCCAAGAUGCGCCACCUGGAGACUCAUGACACUGACAAGGGCCACCGGUGUCCCCACUGCGACAAGCGCUUCAACCAGUUGGGGAACCUGAAGGCUCACCAAAAGAUCCACAUCACAGACGGGCCCCUGAAGUGUAAAGAAUGCGGGAAGCAGUUCACCACCUCGGGCAACCUGAAGAGACACUUGCGAGUGCACAGCGGCGAAAAACCCUACACCUGCAUGCACUGUCAGAGGGCCUUUGCCGACCCUGGGGCUCUGCAGAGGCAUGUCCGCAUCCACACUGGAGAAAAGCCUUGUCAGUGUCUCAUUUGUGGUAAAGGCUUCACCCAGGCUAGCUCCCUAAUCGCCCACGUCCGACAGCAUACUGGAGAGAAGCCGUAUGUCUGCGAUCGAUGUGGAAAAAGGUUUGUCCAGUCUAGUCAACUGGCUAAUCACAUAAGGCACCAUGACAACAUCCGACCUCAUAAAUGUCAGGUCUGCAACAAAGCCUUCGUCAACGUUGGAGACCUGUCGAAACACAUCAUUAUCCACACAGGUGAGAAGCCAUUUCUGUGUGACAAGUGUGGGCGGGGCUUCAAUCGCGUGGACAACCUGCGUUCCCACGUCAAGACGGUGCACCAGGGCAAGGCUGGCAUGAAGCAGCUGGUGGUGGCUGGGGAUGAGAGCGACGGGGGCGGAGAGACGGAAAAGCUGCACGUCAGCUCCACACCGGCCUCGGAGCUGGACGACAGCGAGGUCAACAUAGUCACCGUCACCACUGACGACAUCGUCACUCUGGCCACCGAGGCUCUUGCCGCCAGUGCUGUAGCUCAGUUGACAGUGGUGCCUGUGGCAGCGUCUGUGUCAGCCGACGAGACGGAGGCCCUGAAAGCAGAGAUCACCAAGGCUGUAGAGCGAGUACAGGAGGCUGACCCCAACACACAGAUUCUGUACGCCUGCGACUCUUGUGGGGAGAAAUUCGCAGAUGCCAGCUCGCUGGCACAGCAUGUGCGCAUCCACACCGCUCAGGCCCUCGUCAUGUUCCAGGCCGACUCCGACUUCUACCAGCAGUACGGGGGGGCAGGCGCCUGGCAGGCUGCUGAGCAGGUCCUGCAGGGCGGCCAGCUGCUGUUCCGCACCAGGGAGGGGGAAGGGGAGGUGGAAGGGGAGGUGGAAGGGGAGGUGGAGGCAGGGGGCGAUGAGGCUGCACAUGCCCAGGCCCCGAGGGAAGGUACAGAAGGGGCUCCGGGAACUGAGCCUGGGGUGCUGGCUGAGCCAGAGACUGUGGAGAUGGAGUGUGCCCACCAGGAAGAGUGAAGUAGCACUGAAGGUUCAGCUUGCAUUUGCAGAGAGCGCCCGGGGUAUCGAGGACUGGCAUGUCAUCCGGUGCUGGCAGGCUUGCUGCCACAGGAAAGCAGCUGCCAUUUUUGUAAUGGUGGGUAAAACAAUAUUUAGCCAUCAUCUGUGCAUCACAACAUGACAGUGCCAUGCAACCCUCAGUUAAAUGUGAAUUAGGAAUCAGAAUUUAACUGCUGAGCUGUUUCCCUCCUUCAUGGAUUCUCAAGCUGCUUAUUCCACCGUUUAAACACCGCAUUUUCAUUCAUUCGUUGUAGCAGUAGCCAACACGAUUUAAUGAACUGUUGUAUAAUUCUCACCUAAGACAUAGUUAAUUUUGUCAUGACGCUGUAUUCUUCCUCCAAACACACUCACUUUAAAUGUAAACCUGUGUAGGAACAGGAAGGUAUCCCUGUUUCUUAUUUGCGGCUUUUUAAUUGACUUUGGAGAAUACCUUUGGGGAUAAUGAGAAUCGAAGAAAGUGGGUAAAACUUAAGUGUAUAUUUUUGUCUGACUCCACUACAGUUCCUAUUCAUUGACAGGCUAAUUUAAAAGUAACUUCUUUUCAUACUGCCGGUGAGACGUGCUCAGGUUGCCCCUAUUGCCCUUAUUGCCCCUAUUGCCCCUGGCUUCGGUGAGUAUGCGUUGUCUGUGUGACAGAGCCUUUGGUGGGCAGGCUGAGUGCCACCCUGCAGAGAAGUGAGGCUUACCACUGACUCUGUGUGGUGGACGGAGAUCUGUGUUUCAUUGCUCUGAACCAAACCCCAAUGCAAAGACAAAGAAAGAUUAAUUGAGAUAAAGGUAGAUGUUACAUCCAUACCUUUAAAUGGCCUAACAAGAAGUGAUGCAUUUGGAAAUCCACGGACACAGUUUCUCUCUUUCAGUACUUUGACCAUCAAACUUAAGUGUGCUUAAUGCAUUUUAAUGAUUAAACCUUUACUUUUUUAAAUCACGUGUUGUCACAUAGAAUGUUUAACUAUUCUAUGUUUGACAGAUCAUAUUUUCCCAAAAUAGUUUUUGAAUCACAUUCAGGGUCCAAUUUCCUGUGUAGGGAAUCUGAAAUUUUAAACUCGACCGGAUUAAACAGAGCAAGUAUGAUGCUAUGUAUAUUAUUCAAAUUCAGCAGUGAUAUUUUACAUAAAUAGUAGAAUUUUAUCUGGUAUCUUCCACUAAUUUGGACAAAACAGUUUGGUCUAUAAAUUGAUUUGUAAGUGGAAGCCAAGGCUGUGAUGUUGCUGUGCGUUGGUAGGUGGUUGUCUGGAUGCUAAGGUACUUGAAGGUACAGAUCCACCUGAAGUGAACCUGAACAUGUUUGUGAAGGGUUGCCUAUCAGAUGACACUCAGCCCUUAAUGCAUAAAUCAGAGAGGUAUUAAGAUACAUGAAUACCCUAAGGCGGAUGUUCAAAUGGACUCUUCCUUUCCCAGCCCAUUAUACUGCCUGACAAUUUAUUGUAUUAACAGUGCACUAAAUAAAUGCAGAAUUGCACUUUGUUUUGGAUGUAUGGAAUUUUCAGUUGUCACAUAGAAGUAUAUCUCAGGAUAUGUCUAGAAUGUACCUGAGGGCCAGGUAUAUAUCUGUAGUGGUGAAAUAUCCUUAUGAAAUGAUAAUAAAAUAAAUACAUAGGCAUGAGUUCUUCAUUGUAAAUAUCAUAUGUGGAUUGUGUUAGAUACUAUUGUAAUUCAGGAAUGGAUAAAACAUUUUUUCAGAUGAAAUUGCAUACUUCAGCAUUCAGGUUAUAUGCAGCUGUCCUGGGGCCUGAAUCACAGAGCAGGAUUUCUUGCUUAGCCUGAUAACUUGUCAGAUUUAAGGUACUGCAGUUUAAAUGGACUUUAUCUUCGUUCACUUACAUUUAGCCCAGACUACCUUAAAUCCAUGUGAUACAGGCCCCUAAUAUUUAGAUUUUUUUUUUUUUAACAUAGCUGUGUAACUAUGGUUCAUUUGACCAGUGGCAUAGGAGAGAUAUCGAUAUUUUUAUUGGGUGGGGGGAGGUGACUGAAUCCAAAUUAAAUAUUGGGGGUUACAAUCCCCCCUCCCCCAGUUUCCUGCUCCCCCUGGCCACAUGUGGUAUGGCACAGGGCGGCUGUUGUGAGUCUGAAAAUGCUCGCUCUCUGCCUGCUACUCUGUAUCUCAAUAAAAUUUUAACUUUCCUAA